UGGCGGGCGGCCGCGACGGAAGCGGAAGCGGCGGCGGCGCAGGCGCGGUGGGAGCCCGGGCCGAGGGGAGGGAGGCGCCCGCCCGAGAGCGCCAUGGAGUCGCGGGGGGAGCCGCAGCCGCCGAACAGAAUGAGCCAGGGAGACUCAAAUCCAGCCGCAGUUCCACAUGCUGCUGAAGACAUUCAGGGAGAUGACAGGUGGAUGUCCCAGCACAAUCGCUUUGUCUUGGACUGCAAAGACAAGGAGCCCGAUGUGCUCUUCGUGGGCGACUCCAUGGUGCAGUUGCUACAGCAGUAUGAGAUAUGGCGAGAGCUCUUCUCACCGCUUCACGCAUUGAAUUUUGGGAUCGGUGGAGACACCACAGGACACGUUCUAUGGAGACUGAAGAAUGGGGAACUGGAGAACAUUAAGCCCAAGGUCAUUGUUGUUUGGGUUGGAACAAAUAACCACGAAAACACAGCAGAAGAAGUAGCAGGUGGAAUCGAGGCUAUCGUGCGCCUGAUAAACACCCAGCAGCCACAGGCCAAAGUUAUUGUACUGGGCCUGCUACCUCGCGGAGAGAAGCCAAACCCGCUGCGGCAGAAGAAUGCCAAGGUGAACCACCUGCUAAAAGCCUCGCUCCCCAAGCUGCCCAACGUCCAGCUUCUGGACGUGGACGUCGGCUUCGUGCACUCAGACGGCACCAUCUCGUACCACGACAUGUUUGAUUUCCUGCACCUGACGGGAGGGGGCUACGCCAAGAUCUGCAAACCCCUCCACGAACUGAUCAUGCAGCUGCUGGAGGAGACCCCCGAGGAGAAACGAGCUGCCCUGGCCUGAGCAGCUGACGUCAGCGUCAACAGCAUCAUCCAGCCCAUCAGAUCAGUUCUGUCACUGGCACUACAGAAUCCUUCUUUCUUAAAGCACUUUCCAUUGUAGAAUGUUACCGGAUGUUCGUACCUAGUGUUUUGAGGGGGAAGGCUAAUGUUUAACUGGUCUUGUACAGAUGAGGGCCGGCUUGGUUGGUUUUAUUGCAGGAGGAAAUUAGCUGAAGAAGAGUUUUACUUUUAAACCAUUCCUCAUUUAAACCGAGAACAGGACUGUCGCUCUCUGCCCCUCUCAUGUCUUGUUGCUCUGUGGUUGUCCUAGAACCCCCUGUAGCCUGUCUCCGACAGCCCGCGCACAGCUCCUGGCUCACCGCUCCUGGCUGUAGGGAUCAUGCUCUGUGUGUUAGCCUGUGAACAAGAAUCACAUUCCACUUGCGAAAGCCAGAACAGAUGCAUUUUUCCAAACUCGGUCCCACCUUGUAAAGUUUUCUUGGCUUGGGUUUGUUGUGGUUUUUUUCGGGGUGGGAGGGGGGUUAAGUGACGCCUGUUGCUUCCUCCCUCCUUCCUUCUGAAGCAGCGCAAAACUGGAAUUCAGAAACGUAAAGAAAGGAACGGUUAACUCGCGUAACACUCCCAGGUGCUUGUUCUUGUGCUUAUUACACCGUGCCUGCUAGCUGGGGCACCUUUCCUCUCCUCCCAUGCAGCUUUCCCCGGGGGCAGCCUCAUUCGGGUGCUGCUGGCUGUCCUGUUCUCUGCUCCUGUCUCUCUGCGGUGUCGCUGGCUUUUAACAGUUGCUCAGUUUAGGAUUUUAAUUACCCGGUGAACACCGCGUGAGGCGGUCGCUUCCUCGCGACUCUGGAACCAACGGUUCACUCCUCCAAGAUGCCCCGUGCCACAGGGCUCUUUGCAGCACUCUUCGUUCUUCUCCUUUUGGUUCUUUUUUUUUUUUUAAGUAUGACUGUUACAUCCUUGUUUCCUAAAGGAAACCCAUCUGAAUAGCCCCUGUCUGCAAGGCCUAAAUCAGUCUGAAGCUUUACAGAUUCCAAGGUGUAUAUUUCGUUAUCGCUUCUGUUUUACUUUUCGAAACAUUUUAUUUGAGCAACUACAGCCUCUUACAGUAAAAGGUGAGGUCAAGGCGUAGCUUUUCCUGCCCCAGACGCUGCUCCUCGCCUCUGGCCAAGGCAGCUGGAGGGGCAGGUGCCCUCCUUCGGAGGCUGCCGCUAGGUGGGAUUUUGGUUUGGGUUUUUUUUUUCCUUUUUUGGUUACGAGGGCUGGUUGGAGUCUGCUGAGGAUGGUAUGAAAACAGCCUUUCAUUUCAAAGUGAAAGGAUCUCUUUUUUCAGAAAACACACCGGUUUGGACCCGAAAGGCAGAGCCCUAGGUGAACAGAUAACUACACUUGCAGAUAAAACAAUUUUAAACAAACUCUGUUCCUCCUUGGCUUACCUGCCGGGACGAGAGCUUGGCGGCGCUGUGCGGACCUCGGCUGCGGUUCGUGCCGCGGAUCUCUGUGCUUCUUCCCGCGUGAGCGGGGUCCGGGGUGACGCCGGCUCCUCUCAGCGGGUAAAUCGCAGAGGAACGGACAGCUUUUUAGCGGGCACUUCGUAGUGUGGUUCGAGCAAGGGGUGUUGAGGUGUCCAGGUUGCUUGCUGUGCCCUGCUGCAAUGAAGUACAUAGGUACCGUGUAUAGUCUGUCCGCCCUUUUUUAUAAUAAAGGGUGCUGGUGUUUAAUGCAGUCUAUAACCUAGCAGUAAGGAAUACUUUAAUGUCCCUACUACCUUCCCCUCUCCCUGUAGGUUUGAUCAUAGCAGGAUUUCUGCCUGGAUUGCAUGCGUAGUGUGUGUUUUGUUUCCAGUAUAUGUGAUCUACACACAGAUGAAGGAAGGAUGAAGCGUUCCACUUACCAGGAUGAGAAGUAGGAAGGCACAGAGCGCCGUGGUAGAGGAGGGAUCGCGGUUCCGCCCCCGCGAAGCAGACUAGGGAUGCUGCCUCACAGGACGGGCUUUGAGGGAACAUUGCUGUCGCUUCCGAUAAGAUGCUCACUGGAGAAGUUUGGGCAAGGGAGAGUGCAGAAUGAAACGUUAAAGAUAUGCUACAGUGGAGGGUUCCUGGGGGAAGGACGCGUUCUGCUCCCUCUGAGCUCACCAGGUUUCUAGGCUUGCGCAAAAAGGCAGCGCGCUAGUUUAAUCUAUGCAUCCCUGCUUCCCUCCCUGCUGUCGCUGCAUUUGGCUAAAGAGAUGCUAACCAGGAACGUACUCUUCCAGUAAAAAGCUCUGGCUUCUCGACUCGGCACCCAUGCGGCCUGGGCCGCGAGUCAGCCCCUCUUGGCAGGCUGCCGAGUGGACCGAGAGGCUUGGCAGGCUCCUGAGCCCGCCGCAGCGUGACCGAGGACAGCUCUGCUUCGGCUCGGCUCGCUUCGGUGCCACGCUUGCUUCGGUGCUCACGGCGCUCCUUCUCUGCUCCUGUAACCAUCUCUGAUACAUGCUGGCGCUGUGCAAAGAAAGCGAAGACGGCUUCCUCUCCGUUCAGACUUCAGCUCUGCUUGUCACUGCCCAGUAAGAAACUGUCCCGCUCACGCCUGCGAGGUUUUCUGGGAGGGCGAGGAGGAGGGAGAACCCCUCCUCGCUGACCUAGCACUACAAACCAAGCGCCUCUAUGUAGAAAAGGUUCAGUUCCGGCUCUGGAACCCCGCGGACCUGUGAGGACCAUACAGUGUGUGAAACGGGGCUGCAGCCUCCCUGCGUGCUGCCCUCCCUGCCUGCCUGCCUGCCUGGAGGCACUGCCCGCUCACUGCCCUGAGCCUUCCCCGGGACAAAAAAAUUGUGAUUCUGCUUUGGCAAAAAUGCAUCGGCUGGUAGAACUCACUCUGUUAGUGCAUAUUUCGAUAUAAAUGUCAAUGUUUCACCCCACCGUGUUGCAGCGUGUGUGUGUGUGCGUGUGCCUAGGCGCCCGCGUCUUUCCCUCCCUCCCCUCCCUCGCUGUGUUGGGUGUUGGUGACUUGUUUCAUUUCAUUUCUGCGGGGCCGUGGAAGCGGCUGGGGAGGUGCUGCCUUGCGCAGAGCUGCUGAACCAACCUCCCACCCGCAGCGUGCCCUCCCGGGGCUCCUCAGAGCCGCGCUCAGCUGGUUCCUCGCUCCUCGUGUAGUAUCUGUUCUUUUCCCCGCGCUGUCGGGGGGCUUUUCUUUCUUCGUUUUUCCUCUCCUUUCACCAUGCAGAGCUCAGGUCCUGUACCCAAAGCUGUAAGCAGCACUCUGCAGGUGAAGCUCACUGGUAUUUUGACCCUCAACAGGACAUGAGCUUGUGUUUGAUUACUCAGCGAUUUAUUUUUAAUAGCCCUGAAAUGAACAGGGCAUGCCCAUCACCACCCAACCCAACUCACAGUCGUCCCAGUGGAGGCGAUACUCAAGUUUGAGCAGCAGCUUAGGAGUCAGUUGGAAUUCUGCUUCUAGCUCCUGCAUGGGUGUCCGUCUGUCCCCGAGCAAGUCGUUCCAUCUGCUGUCAGCAUCACCACCCGUAGCCUGGAAACAACGCGCAGACUGUCUGAAAAGUGCUUUGGGAUCCUCGGCGAGAGGACCUGUAGAAAUAAAAGUGCACAAUAGCAGCA